UAUUAUCCCCAGGGAAGCAGAAGAUCGGUCGCUUUGUUAAACCGUCACCAACAACAACAACAAAUCUGCGGUAAACUGGCAGUUGCGAGGCUGAACGCCAUUCUAAUUUCAGAACAGUUGUGGUUUUAUUCACGGAUGUAAUAUUUGCACGCGACGUAGACUCCCUCUGAACAUAUGAUAUUAAUGUCAACAGCCUGUCGCUGAUCGUCAAAAGUAUUGUGUUGGGUCAGUUGUUAGCAAAUUAGCUAGGCACAGUCAGUAUUCAGUGAUUACCUAGAGUAGCGCUCACUGAAUGUAAUUGUUCGCUAACACCGCGUAAGCAAUUUAGCAAGCAAAAUGGUCCCCAGACAUCUUAAAGGAACCGACACAACCUGCCGCGCGGCUGUUAGCGGGAAAUAUGCUCAAACUAAACGUAGUCGAAAUAAAGUAUUGGCCGAGAGGAAUCAGGCAGUUGCACCUGUGGGCGUCUGGGUGGAGAGUGUACAGGAAUACUACAAGGACGAGCAUCCAACUGUUCGUGCCUUGCUGACUGAGGAGUUGCAGUUGGGGAUUCAAAGGGAGAAAGAGGAUAAUCUUCGCCGGUUUCAGGACAAAGUGCGCCACCGCGUGGCACAACAGGCUCAAGUCCUGAAAAGGCGGCAGCUUCAGAAGUCGUACGAGAUGGCAGAGCAGGAGAGGAGAGUGCUCCAGCAGUCCAGCGAUGCAGCCCAGAGAUUGACCCCGAGGAAGAACCUUUUCCCCUCUUCACUACAGGGGGAACAUGCCAUUUACAGCCCUGACUCCCACUGGAUCCAAGCACCGGGUCACAAGAGCAGCUAUGAAGGAAAGAACACGACAGAUCAGCAAACGCAUCAGGUGGCUAAACCUCACAGUAAAGUCAUGAAGCAGGUCCGACACAGACUGGCAGCCUGUCAGACUGUCCGAAACGCGGAAGUGAUGUCAGAGCUCCCUGGGGGAAGAUGGAAGGUUUCUCCACCCGGAGAUAAACCUGUAACCCGGGGGUCAAGAGUGGGGAAGGUAGAAGAAAAUGUUGGUGAUGAAGAUAUUCCUUUGAUCGGGCAACAUGAAUUUCCUCUUCCUCAAUUUGGUCCUGACGAGGGUCACGGGACCAAGACUGUCACCUUUGACAACGAUCCAGUAUGUGGCAGGCUAUUGAGCGAUCCUUAUACAGCAGGUCAUAGUGUUGGGAUUAGUACUGACUAUAGAGCUACUAAAGUGCUCUGGCCAAAAGAAGACCAGGAGGAACUGAAGAGACAGCGUCAGGCUCAGUUUCUGAUGUACCGGCGCCUAUUCAUGGACAUUGAGAGGGAACAAGUGAAGGAGCAUCAGAGACACAGGAAGCACCUGAGGAGAAUCGCAAGGAUUAAAGCUGAAAAAGAACAGAAGAGGACUGAGGAGGAGAGGAAGAUGGAGAGACUACAGCGGCUGGAAGAGGACCGAGUGGAAGCGGCUCAGAGGGAGUGUCUGAUUCUGGAGCGACUGCAGCUGGAGGAUGAUGAGAGGGCUGAGGGUUUGGAGAAGAAAGAGAGAGCACGGAAAGAUAAAGAAGCCAGCAGGUACAUUGAGGCUUUGAGAGCUCAGAUGAAAGAGAAGAUGGCUAUCGAGAAGACAGAACUCCCUCCUCUUUGUUGCUGCGGAGACAGUUUCUGGGACUCCCAUCCUGACACAUGCGCAAACAACUGUGUUUUCUACAACAACCAUAAAGCUUAUGUCCAGGCUCUGCAGUCUGCUCUGUUAAGCUGUGAUCUGAGGGAUGGGCGCCACUCCACUUGUCAGCGGGUAUCUGCUCGCCGGAUUGCGUCGAUCCAUGCUCUUUCACCUAGGAAAUAAACCCGGACGAAGUCUGCCACCUCCUAAAGGAACCAAAAAAGAGGACGUUAGAAUUUCUGCCCUCUUUGUUUUGUAAAAUCAAUAUUGAACUUUAAACUGUACCAUGAACUUUAAUGGACAUGUCGUUUGGUCAUGCUAUUGAUUUUGAAUCAAACUUCCAUCUUUCACUCUUGAAUACUUAUCAGUUGUAAUUCCUUGAAACAUGAUAUGUAUGAUAUGAAUGUGGGUUUUAUUUGAAUGAAAUCUGUAAUUAGCUCUGGCAGUCAUGAAAACUUGGUUUACUGUGUCAAAUUGCUGCUUUGAGAAAACACUUGACAUUUCCUUUUUUUAUCUCAGUAUGUUCUUUCAGUGUUGUGUAAGUUUGUGGUAAUGGGCAUAAUGAAUGUUCCUUUCUUUCACAGUAUACUGUAUAAUUAUUCAAUUUCUAUGGAAAAUGAGUGACUGAAAAAAGCAGCUGGCUUAAUUUCAAAUAAAAUAGGGAAAGAAUGACUUGUCCUAGACCUCUGAUCUAUUAUUAAAUUAGUGCUAUUUAUGUUAAAGUAUUAUUCAAGUCUCACUCACAGCAUUGUGAGGGUGACUUACAAUGUUUCCUGUCAUGUUCAGAUGAGUGAAUUUGUGUUAUUGGUUCAACUAAAGAAUGUUAAAGAUCUACCAUAUGUUAAUGCUUGUAUACUGAUUAAAACCUUUUUUGAGGCUAAA